CAUGACUUGAUUGCAAUCAAACUUAAGAGAAAAGGACUUUUGGCCACUCCUUACUUAAUCCUGCCAUUUACAUGCAGGAAGAGCAGUACUACUAAACAGGGCUAGGCUUUUAGUCCCGUGACCCGAAAGGGAGGGUUGAUUAGUGCUAGUUUCUCACAUUAACUCCGACAAGCCAUAAUUUCGUAUUGCUCCGUCUGUUAAAACAUGAGCGGACAGCGUCGUUCUACUUUGGCUCAGAAAGGGAAAUGGGCGAGCCACCGCCCUCCUCCUUCCAAGAUCCGAUUGACCUCGGUGUCAUCCGAUCCAGAUGGCAAUUCAAGCGAAGGGAGCAAAGCGCAACCCAAAUGGACGACCCUGAGCUAUGCUACUGAUUCAGUGUCUUCGUCCGAAGAGGAUGAGGAAGAUGAGCUCGAAUCUUCCGAUGAGUAUAGCGAUUCUAACCUGACCCCAUUCGCUAAGAAGCUUAAGGAAGACAUGUCAGGACCACGCCCAGUGAUACCCAAACGAGUCCUAUGGACAGAGCUUCUAGGCGAUGGCCACAUUGACCAUGAACCUGACCAAGAGAGAAACAAACUGUAUACCACUACUUGGGGAGAGGAUUCCUAUCAGCUGAAGAAUGAAAAGGAGCGACUCAAGCGUGAAGCUGAAGAGAAAAAGAACAUGAAGCACGUUCUGCGCAGAAUAGAGCGUGACAGGAGAGAAGCCGAGAAACGCUGGGUUAGAGGGAACCCUGACAAAGUGGCUGCUGUCCGUGAACUGGGAUUUGAGUUCACAGACGAAGACUCAUGUACUACGACCUCCGAAACGGAGACUGAUACUUCUGAUCUGGAUGUCGACGGAUUAGCCAGAGGGCGACCUAAACGACCCAAACUGCGGGGCCAUGCCGACAAUCGACUCCCAAUGUCCUCUUCUGUCUUUGAGAAGCAAAAGAAGAAGGCCGAAUUAGAACCCAUUAAACCCGAGGCCGUGCUAAAUCUCAAAGGAAAGCACGCUCCGUUACUCACAUAUGAUCGUUCAAAGAAGUCCCUUAGUGCUCUGCGGCGCCAGGACCAAAAUCCCAGCCCGAAUAUUUCAGAUGAUGAUGAUGAUGGUAGUCUUUAUUUCCCGAUGGAUGAGGGGUCAUCCACUCAAAGACGGUCACCUGAGCCGGAACAAGAAAAACCUAGCGUGCCACUUUUGCCACACAGUGUGGCAACCGGUUCUACUUCCUCUGUGACUACUCCCAGCGCAAUACCUAUGGCCUCCGAAGAUUUUGAUGACCUUCCAGACUUCGAGGAUGUGGAGGAAAUAGUGGAAGACGUUGAAGUCGAGGAAACGGAAGAACAAAUCAAACAAAAGCAGGAACGUUUGGAAAGGGAAAAGAAGUGGAAAGAGGCUCGUGACAUUAUCAAACGCGAGGAAUCACAGCGGUUGCCGACUCCUGCCCCCGUUCCUCGCACAAAACCUCCCAUCAACCUGACCCUCAGUGUUCAUUCGGGAAUUUUUUCAAUAUCCGCCACAGCGCCGGCGGUCGACGUUGUGGAAGUCGACCCCUUAUCGCCGCUCAUCCACAUUCAAGUUAAUCUCCGGACUACAAGACGCGACAUUGGCUCUAUCUUGGACAGAAUACUCUCCGCAUUUGUUCGAGACUUCUCGCCAAAAGAGGUUCUUACUACACUUCCGCAACUUCAUUUCAUUCCAGCGUUGCUCGGUUGCACGCUGGUGAGGACCACCGUCAUCCUUCCCUACGAGUAUGACGUUACUGCAAUAUUUAAAUUCGCUUUUCAAUCCAGCGCUCCGCUGGGCGCGCUUGGAGUUGGGCGCAAUGAUGGCAGCGCUGCAGAAGACCAAGAAUUAUUGCGCCAUCUCCACGACGUGUUGGCAUCUCGUGAUACUUUUCUGUUCGCGCAUCUCCCUCCACCCCAUAAUGAGAUCACUCCUCCCAAGCCUCACCGGCGGGGCUUCCUUCAAGGAAUCGCCAUCGCGCCCUCUGGAUCCACCGAAGUAAUGAGGCGACUGCAAAUCUUGCGCACCGAGGAUCCGGACGACCGAAAUGCGUUGUAUAUGACUGUGGUGGUCUUGAACUGUGGUAUUCUUGCCAGCAGAGAAUUAGAUCACCUAUUCUAGAUUGCUACAACCUUCCCGGUCUCAACGAGGAAAAUGCAUAGAAAGUAUUAUCAUUGCUGUAGAUAGAAUCCGUACAUCUUCCCAUCGAUUACUCAUGAUUUGAGUUGAAUGCUCUGUCAUACGCUUGUUCGUCGAACGCCUUUGUGCGGGAUACCGACCUCCUAACAUCAGGGCUAAGACUUACUCUUCGUCCCGGGUCCAUCCCAUGGGUGCGGCUUCUUAAACUCCCUCCACCUUGACCUGGCCCCCUGGCCGCAUACUGUCGCGUUCCUUUAACCGAAUCAACUGAGUUAAACCUGCCAGUUCCUCCGCCCUGCGUCGCCAUUGACCUACUCCGUGAUCGCGCCAACAAUGGAUCACGCUCCGUGAUUGCCUGAGUUGCAGCGAGGUAUUCAAGGUCUCCUGUACGCGAAAAUACCUUGCUCGAAGAUCGAGAACGUGCCU